ACUAAUAUUUCAAAAAUUCUUCUCUUCAAGGAAAAAGAAAAUCCAAUUCAAGAAAAAUGGCAAAUCCUCAACCGGAAGAAAUUCAAGGAUAUCCUGCAGGUGAUAUUCAUUACCAGUUCAGGAAAAAAUUAUCAAACGCUGAUAUUAACGAUGGACUACCAUUGGUGGGAGAUGCAGUUACUAUCCUAAGUAAUUUUAAUGAACAAAUUAAUACCAGGCUUUAUACGCCUUACUGUAAUCACGAAGUGACACUGACGCAAGCACAUAGUACCUCGACUUAUACGUUGACUGGCAAAGGGUGGAAAGACAUUGCAGCAAAUGAUGGAUUGGUUGAAGGACUCGAAGUCGAUUUCUGGGCAGUAACAGCAGCUAACUCAAAUCAGUUGUGCCUACUCAUGCAAGUGGUUCAUGUAGAUUCCGAUGAAGAAGAUCAUAUACGCACAUGAGGAAGAUUAAUCGUCCGACAGUGAAGAUAAUAGACAACAAUGCAGUCAUAGUUUUGAAGCAUCGACUUUACUUUUCUUCUGUUAAAUGUGACUGGUUUGUUUUAAUGUAAAUGUCAUUGUGAGUUAAGUCAAAGCAUUUAAGCAUUCCUAAAGCAAAUAAAAUAAAUGUAACCUUUAUACAA